CAUCAACCGUACCAACCCGUCACGGAAUUUUUCCGACACUCCAGACUCAGAGAACUUACCUCGCCCCCUCUCAAAAAACGCCUUAUCAUUCUUCAACCCGCCGUCCCAAUAUACACACUCAUCGCUUAUCCAGUCCAGUCACUCUUUUCGCAUCCGAGCUAUAUUUUCCUUUGUCUGCUUUCCUUUUUGCUUUCCUCACCCCAAGUCCCCCUCCUCCCUGCGCCCGAGCUCCAUUUUGAGCUCUAGCGCGAGCAAGCAAUCGUCGAACAAGGACAGGGAGGAUCAGCGAAGCUAUACCCGUUGCUUUAGUCGAGUGAAACGCAAUUACAAUAUAUACGGUUCUACCCGCUGCCCGCGAAAGCAAUGACAGAGCCUGAGGAUGGAACUCGAAGCGCCGCACAAUACUUUGGAGGGUGCGAACGCACUCUGGGAUGAAUUCGAUGCCAUUUUCCAUAUGCCAUGUGACACUCACGCCGCCAUCGAUAAUGUGCUCCGGGCUUAUUUGGAAUUAACGACGAAGUACAAAGACACUCUCGUUUCUUCUGAAAAUGAAAUCUCCCACUGCUUAGAGAGGUUGCUUGCCUCGGAGCUUUUCGUCGCAAAUGCGGAUUAUAUACGGAGGCAGAUCAUAUACUCCUUGCUACAGGACGAUGCCCCAGACAUUCUCUACGUGACAGUCUCGUUCCUCCUCUUUGAUGGGCGACAAAAUGAGCACACGUUUGAGAUGAUGAAUAAAGAGGGGGCAUUUGUCCGCCUACUAGAGCUUAUUCAGUCUCAGGAGCGGUUGGAUGGCGACGGUGCAGCUGGACUCCACCGUUUAUUAAUGAACUUAAUGUAUGAAAUGUGUAGGAUUCAAAGGAUUAAAAUUGGCGAUUUAGUCCUCGUGGAUGAUGAUUUUGUGAAGCAUUUAUUUGAAAUUAUCGAAGAGCUUUCAGGUGACAUCGACGAUCCGUACCAUUAUCCUGUGAUUAGAGUUCUGUUGGUUCUCAAUGAGCAAUUCAUGGUCUCAGCUCAUGACCCGUUACCCGAACGAUCCUCAUCAGCCCCUCUCACCAAUAAGGUCAUCAAGGUCCUUUCGAUGUUCGGUUCUACUUUUAAAACAUUCGGAGAAAACAUAAUUCUUCUCCUUAAUCGCGAAACUGAAACUUCUCUCCAACUACUUACAUUAAAAUUGCUUUACCUUCUCUUUACGACACCGCCGACUUAUGAGUAUUUUUACACUAAUGACCUUCGAGUGCUCGUUGAUAUUUUAAUUCGUAACCUCUUGGAUCUUCCAGAAGAAGCUGCCGCCCUUCGCCAUACAUACUUACGCGUUCUGUAUCCAUUAUUGGCUCAUACCCAACUCAGGUACCCACCUCACUAUAAGCGAGAGGAGCUGAGAAAACUCCUGGGAAUUCUUGUCAGAGGCGAAUUUUCUUUUGAUUCAGAGGAAUGUGAAAGGAUCCUUCAUUUCGAUGACGUUGAUGAAACGACGAAACGAUUGGUAUUGCGAUGUGGGCAAGUAGACUGGCUUGCCGAGCAUGAGGUCCCAGAGCAGAAACCAAAACCAGAAAGUAUUGCGGAAGCCUCUAUGGGUAAAUAUAUAGAAGAAACAGGUUCGCCCACCACUACUUCGUCCACCUCGCCAGAGCCAAGUUCUCCGCAUAGGCUUUCCAGGUGCCGUUCCUCCCGAGUAAAAUCAUCGCCGAUAACUCUAAAACCGGCCAAGGAACUUGGUAUGAACCUCGAAAUAGCUCGUUCCUCAGAAGCCAGCGUUGUCGAGGUUGCUGCCCACAAAGAGAAGCCUGGUGUCAUGGUCCCAAGUCGCAAUGCCGCUCCGAAGGCUCCACCAGCACCUCCACCCCCGAAACAGAAGCCACAGCCACCCAAGGCAAGACGUUGGCGCGGACGUCGUGAGCAGCAGGAAGGAGACGAGUCUUCAGGACAAAAGACAGCCGAUGGAGCGCAACUUGCUGCGCUUGGGCGAAAUUCCCCAGAUAGUCGCAAGAGUUCCGGCAGUUCCGGCUCCGCACCCCCGCCGACCACACCAACCGAUUCAGUACGUACAUCGGGCGACAUGUCAUCAACCCGAACAGCCGCAGACGAGCUUCUAGUUCCGACAAUAGUCGUCCCCAAAGCGCGGACCCCAAAUCCCCCCACGACCUCCCAUGCCCCAGCUCUCCCGCCACCACGCAGAUCCUCGCACUCCGUCCCUCCAAAAUGCCACGGCAGCCCGCACUCCAUACCUCACCGCCAUCGCCAACCACCUCCACCACCGCUUCAUCACAAUCCAUACAACAGUGAAAAGCUGAAUCCAGCUUUCCAGUCACCUUGCUCAACCCAUUUGCCACCCUCCCCGGUAAGCCCGGCGACAUCUCCUUCGAAUGGCCACAUCACGCCGUCCCAAAAGCCAGAACCACCAAAGACCCGACGAUGGCGAGGCAAAAGCUCCCAGCAGAUAGUCGAUGGGAAACCUCCGGGCGAUGCAGCUCCUACUACCGGGAACACAAUCGCACAUAACAAUGAUAAUAUUGACUCUACUGAGAAAUGCAACGGGCUGAGGAGCGACCAUGAGCGGCGAGCGGUGGCGGCUUCCUUGCUGGAAACGUCAGCUACGUGUGCGCAUGAUACCACUGGCGGCGCGGAAUCUGUUAAUAGAAUAGAGGAUGGAGUGGGCAGGCUGAAGGUUGGGCAAGGUGGUUAACUAAACAUGGUGUUCCUCGUUCUGGCUUUCUUUUAUUCUUUUUCUUGAGAAAAACGCGUUGGAUGGAGGUCCGAUUUGGAUGUAAAAUAUUUGAUCUUCUUAUCAGGGUGAUUCCCAUCUACUGUCUGCCGCGGCGUUUUUUGAUUUAUCUCUGCAUCUCUUGAUUCUAUUGGGGUAAACGGGGAGGCUUUACCUUUUUUUUUUCCUUUCUUUAUUUUUUAUUUUUUUUAUUUUUUUUUUCUUUUUGGCGCGUGUGGAAGAGUUCUUGAUCAUUAGUAUUGCUGUUACUAUUAUCCUCGUACUCCCUAUGGUUUUACUACACUGAGCUCUCUUUUGUAGUCAGAAUUGCUGUGCACAGAUUCCAUAGCGGUUAACAUAGGGAUGCGAAAAUUCAGAUAUUUUUUCCUUUUUCCUUUUCCAGCUGACAACUAUGUUGUCCUUUCUAGUCGGACAAACCAAGGAGAAAACAGAGGACAGAGGGAGGACAUUGAGGGCGGAAAGAUGCGGUCAACCUUAACUUCUCUCUCCCACAGCACAGCCCUCCAAAUACAUUAUCUAAUUCGGUCAACGACGUCGUCCAUGUCCAACAAAAUAGCCGUUCAUCUAUCCCUUUUCACCCGCCCCUUCUCUUCGCCAUAAUCUUCCCCUUUAUUGGCGGCACGACAACCUCCAAAAUCCACGGGCUCUCAGGGCGCACCGCAACCUCCCCCUUCCCAUCAGCUCCUGGUACCGGCAAAAGGCCUACAUCAUAGUUCAUGAGCAAGGUCACCAAGAGCAUUUUGAUCUCAGCCUCUGCGAUGAAGCGGCCGGGACAUGCGUGGCGGCCAUGGCCAAAAACGAGGUUGUUGGCCGAUGUCACAGUGAAAGUUUCUAUUGCUCCCGCUGCUGCUGCGGUCGUUGUACGUGUGUCGUUAGCCGCGAUAAUCCUGUCACUAGCAUGCUGGUCACUGCCGCGCCCCCCAACGACUUUAGCAUGUCUUUCUCUCCGCUCUGCAAAGCGCCAGGGGUUAAAUUUCAUGGGAUCAUCGAAGACGUCUGGGUCGAAGUAAGCACCGCGGGAGAGGAUGGAGACCAUGGCUCCCUUGGGGAGGGGGGCGCUGGUCGUCGUGGGUUCAUUACUAUCAGCUUCACCCUCAAUGACGGGGGAAUGGACAUUGUCAGCAACCACAGAGCGCGCGACGGCACGAUGGACGAAACUGUGCACUCUUGUCGUUUCGCGCAUUACGCUGUCCAUCAACACUAGUUUGGCGACGGAAGCCUUUGUCCAGCCAUAUUUUUUCUUGUUGUUUUGCACCGGUUGGGUGGUGGAGGGCGGGAUGGUAUAGCAUUCGCUUGGAAGCACUGAUCCGAUCUCCUCCCGGAGUAAAGCUAUGGUGUUAAAUUCCUUGUCGGAUGCGAUGAUGUUGAAGAUCAUAUUUGUCACAGCCGCAGAGGAUUGAUGGAAAGAGCCUAGGUUAUUGAGGCAGAUACGGUAGGCAAGGCUAUGAAGGUUGUGAAACUCCUCCCUAGAGCGCUCAUUUUGAGCGAAACAGAGCAUUAGCUGGAGCAAGUCAUCAGGUGUAUCUUUACAGCUGGUGAUAUCGUGAAGAUGUUCAUUUUUGCCCUUUGAAGGCUGCUGAUGCGUCAAAAGGCGUUCCAAGCGCUGCUUUAUCAAUGGCUUCAAAAUUCUUUCUAGUUUCCAGGUUUUAAAACGGAGCGGGAGGUACAGUAUCGGGCACAGAAUAGGGCGGAGCGGUACCGGUACAAAGGGGACCAAGCCGGCGUUGGUGACGAAGGUAUCCACGAAGCUAGAGGAGGCGCGAAUAUAUUCUUCAUCCCUACCUAUGCUUUCCUGUCAAUAUAUAGCUCCUUUAAACGAUAAAUAGAUAUGAUCGCAAGCAAAAAUCCUCGUUAAAAAAUACUCCAAUGAAAAGUGUAGACACUUACAAAGCGGCUCCCCAACCGUAAACUGGCUCGAGAUCUGCGCAAUCACCAGCUUCAUUGUAUCCCAAAGCGGAAUCUCUGCCCAUUCACCCUUGUUCGGAAUCCGCCUCUCAACCGCAUUUUGCACUUCCUUACCCAAGGGUGGCAGA